CUGAUUUAUUUAAGUGAGUUUUGUUUGCUUUACGUUUAGUAAAAGACAGUAAUUAUACAUUUACACUCAAUACACUGCUUUGGGAGAAAAGUCACUUUCACAUUAAAUUCACAACAAAAUAUUUCAUAUGGAGCAAGAAAACUUGGAGGUGGGACACAAUUAUGAAGGCUCCCAGGAAUCUGCUGCGAGCAGCACCAGCUCAAUUAGCAACAAGGGAAAAGAUGACGCUCAUUUUAAGCGUGAGGUUGAGAAAGCUAUCUGCAUCAUGCCGCCACGACCAGGAACUACUAUGAUGAACUAUCAGGAGUUGUAUAUUCCGCGGAAUCAGCUCACAGAUAUAUAUUACCCUAUUCAGGAGGCGCAACGAUGGCUCACUCUGAUGGACAAGAUGGGCAAGGCACACCGUUUUCCGCUGCCUACGAUUCUGCCGAAAGUGAUCCAGACCCGCUACGUUCCAAAGCGGCAUCUUCCCAAGGACGUCGAGGUGGACCGGAGGCGUCGUCAGUACCAGAAGAUCAACCUAGAGAAGGAGCUGGCCAGGGCAGGACUCACUGACGACGUGCUCCAGCCCACCGAAGAGCAAUACAACGUAAUGUCCGAAUUCGCCUUUCCACACAAGUUUCCCCUGAGCUACUUCGACGAUAGCAACUUUGACAUUAACUCUCCGGUGGCCUGGUUUGAGCUGGGAGUGGUCGGCGAUGCGCACUACCCGCUUCCGGCGAAGGCGUACCUGCCAUAUAACCAAAGCCUGCUGAACUGCAAGUGGGGCAUGGCAGCUGUUACCGCGCACCACGAGGACUCCGACCUCUGGACGCUUUUAUCGCUGGAGGACGGAUGCACCUACACGGUACCCAAGCUCCAGUUCAUGUUCAUGGCCGAGGACCCUCACAAGUACAUCAGGCGGCUGCAGGCCGCUGUGCACGAGCGGCACAAGGGGGAGCAGCUUAUGCUAAUGGAGCUGAUCGUGGAUUGCGUCCUGCACGAGGAUAUUGAGUCGACCGUGUUCUACAGCUUUAAGCCCAUCGAAUUGGUCUUGCAGGCGGCUAAAGUGUCCGAGCAGUGCAAGAGACGACUGCGCUCCGAGGUGAACUUGGUGUUCGAGCGCCUAAUGGCCCUAUACGAAUUGGAGCAGUUUAUCCUUAAGAUGCCAAAGGAAUUUCCACAGUUCCGGAACAUCAACCUCAAGGAGUUUCUGCCCCGGUCCUUCGCCGUGGACGUCUCCGGGAAGGAGCGUCUUGAACUGCAGGCUCUUGGCAUAACCAUGCAGGAGAAGCGGUAUGAUUUCCUGAAGGCCAGUCUGUUUUACUGCGGCGGCGGCAUUGAGGCCAUGGCCGGAGUGGCCAUCGAGUGCCAGUACAUCGAAACACUUUCGAUCUUCAUCUGCAGCUUCAGCAAACCCCUGGCCCUAGUAGACUUCCUGCAGGCGCAGGAGGCGCAUAGCGACAAUGUGGCCACCUUCCUUAAGGUCUAUUGGCCGCAGCAGCUGACAACGGUCAUCACCGUGGUACUCCGAGCUCUGGGAAAGGGCUGGCUGGACAUCUCCCUCACCACUUGGACGGUCUAUCUCAUGUGCAAGAUCUCGCGGUUUAUACUGCAGGUCAAGUUCCGCAUGCAGGAGUCCAUGGAGGUACUGCUCGAGACGUCUCUGAUGAACUUCUCGCACUUCGUUUGCGACCCUUGCCUGCAAUUCCUUGAACUGAAGGCCAACUACAAGUGGACCAACAACUACAUCGACACCGAGUUCCCUUUCCAAAAACCUGUAUUCGCCAUGACCCUCGGCAUCAGCGAUGAUCGGAAGGUAUUCUACUCCACUGACCCGGAUGAGUUCCAGCCGGGGCUGGUCGAGAUCUUCAAGAAGUGCCUGGAGAAAUCGGCUGGCGUAAGGUGCAUAGAUGGCUCUGUCAUGAGUUUUUUGAAGUUCGCCCCCAACCUGUACAUCCUUACGGUAGAGCUCAUCGAGGACAAGUUCCUGAGGGAGAAUGAGCUUCUGAAGAACUGCUACGCCAAGGCGGUGCUACCCCUCAGGGCCUACGCCCGCCACUACGAGAGGUUUAUCGACUUCUACCUCCUCAAUAUCACAACCUACAUGCAGGCAUAUGCCCAAGCCCGCAAGCCGUCGUCGGAGGUGAAGAGGGACAUUCUGGAAAACAAGCGAUUGAAGGAGGAGGUUCGCGAAAUCCUGCCCGCCUUUAUUACCAUUGGACCGUUUUACAUAAACGUGGACACAAUGAAGCAGUUCAUGAUAAAAAAACGCAUUGAAAUCGUUAGGCGGAUCUUUGAGUAUUACGUGGACCGGAUGUAUGAGACGAAUGAGGCUCUGCUGGACCGUUGCCUGGAGAUGUUCCGCAGAAUCGCAGAGCGGCCAAUUAGCAUUGAACACCUGUACGAGAUUCGCGACUUUGCGCAGACCGUUCCGGAUCUAGUGGAUGAGCUAAAGGCUGACAUUCAGGUCAUGUGGCUGGAGUACGAUCUGCUGGACAGCUUCUUUUACAACCUGAGUGACCACCAGUUCGCUAUGAAGUGGAACGUGUAUGCGUGGCCCCACCAGAUAAUGGUGCGAUUGUCCACCUUGAAAGACGAGCAGAAGGUGGACAUUGAGGAUUUUCUCCGCCUGCACUCCAGCGAGUGCCAGGCGUUUGAGGAGCGUCUGGAGUCGCUCAACGACGAGGUGCAGGCCUACUCACUGGCGUUUAAUACGAACCGCGCCCAGGAGACGUCAGUGGACAUUAAAAAGACGUGGGCUCUGAUCAAGGAGCUCGAGAAGGUCAGCCAAACUCUGCAAUUCCGGCAGGAACUAUUUGAGCUAGAGCCCCUCUCCGUUGAGUUCCUGGAGAGCAUAAUCGCAAGCUUUAAUCCCUAUAAGAACCUGUGGUACGCCUGCGCCAACUUUCUAAAGCUCGAGGACGCCACCUUGGGCAACCCGAUCGCGCAGCUGGACUUGGAGGAUGUGUGGAAUAAUCUGAUGAGGCUUCGCGACGAGCUCACCGAGUCAAUGAAAAUAUUUCACGAAAAGAUCGAGAUUAUGGAGGUGGCCAAAACGUUCAUUGCAAAGAUCGACGACUUCAUUCCAGUCUACAACAGCAUCAAGGAUAUUCGAAAUGAAAACUGGAUGUACAUUCACUGGCAAGAACUUGGCGCGGUAACCGGACAAGAGAUUAAGUACUCUGUGGCGAUGAACUAUCAGUACCUCAUACGUAAGGGAAUCUUAGAUUUCCUGCCCGAAGUCCAUUACAUUUCAGAGAAAGCCAACAACGAGGCGGAGGAAAUUCGGUGCGCCAUCGAGGAGGAGGAGAGGAGGAAGCAGGCCGAGUUGGAUGCUCUGCUGUUGCGCAAACAGCUCCGCAAGUGUCGCAGGGAUAUUCUGUAGUUUGUUGUUGAAAUCAUUGUAAUGCAUUACGAGUUGGUUCCUG